AGGUUGUGCUGUGGGUGUCCUGGUUUUCUAUCUUGGGAUUUUUACAUCUACUAUCGCAGCUGUGCAAAGACCGAUUUGAAUACCUAUCAUUUUCACCCACAACACCAGGAUGGUCCCAUGUUCGCUUGGUGGGUCUAUUGUCAUCGAUUCUAACGAUAUCUGGCUUUAUGUUCAUUAUAUGCAUUUGCGUCGGAUUCUUUGGCGGAAUGAACACGUUUGCAUUUAUGGCAGCUGAGUGUGUCCUACUCACCAUACGAACCCUGCACGUACUAAUUCGAUACGGAAUGUUCCUCUAUGAUAUGCGCCAAGGUGGUAUGUCGGCUGAAGUUUCUUGGGAUAAACGUGGACCCGUUGCCUACCAUAUUGAAUUGCUAUUCGAGGCAGCUGCUCUGCUCAUCGAUUUAAUGCAUCAUCUGCACAUGCUGCUGUGGAGUAACAUAUUCCUGUCGAUGGCCAGUCUGGUCAUUGUAAUGCAACUCCGCUAUCUAUCGCACGAAAUUCAACGCAAGUACCGUAAGCAUCGCAAUUAUCUUUGGGUAUUGAAUCACAUGGAGAAGAGUUAUCCGCUGGCAACGGCCGAUGAUUUGACACAAAAUUCCGAUAACUGUGCCAUUUGCUGGGAGAAAAUGGAAACGGCCCGAAAGCUGCCGUGCUCGCAUCUGUUUCACAAUUCAUGCUUACAGUCGUGGCUGGAACAAGAUACCAGUUGCCCGACAUGUCGCCUGGGACUCAGUGUUCAACCGCACGUCAGUCACGCUCAUCCGAACAUUGAUCGCAUCGAUGAACCCGAAAACACUGGCCGAGCAACUAACAAUCACUUCUUCCACUUUAACGGCUCCCGUUACGUGUCCUGGCUUCCAAACUUUUCCGUAGAAGUGACCCACAUCAAUACCGUUCUGCGAACGAAUCCGUUGACUACCCAAACCGCCGCCCAUACAUCACAGCUGAGAAACAUGGCCCGACAAGUGCAACAAAUGUUUCCCCACUAUCCGACCACAAUAAUCAUAGCCGAUCUGCAGCUGUCACGCUCAAUGGAAGUAACAAUUGACAAUAUACUGGAGGGACGGCUGCAAAUUCCGGCCCGAUUCCAGAACUUCAACGAUGAGGACGAUUUCGGUGAGACCAGUCAAAAUGGUCGUGCUGAUGGCGCGUCGACGUCGGGUACAUCGGCACCAAAUGAAUAUUCCGUACGAUCGGAUGUGUCGACUGGUUCCAGUUCGUCGGACAGUGGAUAUGAAAUUGAGAGAAAUUCGAAUAUUUUCGGCAAUCAAAACGAACUGCUAAGGGACGAGAGCUCCGAAGACAUACCGUUGGGUGAUCGCUUUUCCAAGAGCUCAGCCGAACGUGAGAAAAUCUUGCAAAGGAGGAAGGAGAUGCUGCUGGCGAUUGCAAGGAAAAGAUACUUGGAAAAGAGAGA